AUUUUUGUAUAACUUUUAUCCGUUGCUUUCAUUACAUUCACAAACACUUGAUUCCCUAUGUCACAUGCGGCUUUAGAUCUGGUAGGAGCGUUGCUGAAUUUUCAUGAACAGUGACAGUUUCCUCAAGAAGUUGCACAUCCUCUCUUGAUCUUCUUCCAUCUCUCAAGUGUGGCUUUAUCUGAUGGUAACAGAGAUUUGUUGACUCUACGAAAAAGAUGAUGGCACAGAGUUCUGAAAACGUUAUACCUACUCUACGUGAUUUCUUCAACUCCCAGAGGGCAGGUGAAGAGAAUGAUGAGUUUAUGUUUUACAGGGACCUCAAGAGCAUACCACGGAGACCUACAAAGAUGGCAAAGGAGAGACAACGUUUCUUCUUCAAUCAUGGAUCCAAGGAAAGAAGCAGAAGGAACAUAUCAAACGCUGAAAAGUUCUCUGUGGAGCAAUAUUCUUCUGGUGGUUUCUUUGGUGUUCGUUUGAACACAAAUGGGAGACAACAACAACAACAACAACAACAAAGAUCAGUUAAGUCUUUAGCUUCAGAGAGAAACAUGGAACCGAGAUUGCAAAAGUCAUUCUCCGCUAGAAUGCAAAGUUUUCCGUUUAUGCCUUCUUCUUCAAAGGGAAGCAAUCAUCAGUCUUCUUCCUCAACGAGCUGGUUUAGUCGUCUCAAGAAAAUGUCUAAUCCAUUUUCGUACCGAGAUCCUCUGAUACCAAAGUCAGGCGAAAUCAAGGUUAGCUGCAGAGAAGUGCUCUCAAGGAACAAGUCUUCUUCACCUGUUCAUCUACAUGCGUAUCUCAGUAUGCAAUACGAACUUGGGAUGCCUGUUUUCACCUUCUCGCUAGACCAUCCGGAUGAUGUGUAUAUGGCAAGGACAUGGAUCGAUGACAACGACUCUCGGUUUGUCUACUCGUUUCGGUACAUUGGUGGUCGAAGCAACAGAAACAUCGGCGAACAGAGGUUAGAAUCUUCUUCACUUAUAGGACAGAUGCAAGUUUCAACUCAUGUCUGCUUAGAGGUAGAAGAACCAUACGAAGAUCCUGUGGAAUCAGCUGUGUCAGAGUUCGUUCUCUUUGACAUCGCACGUGCACGGAGGAGUGGCUUCAAGAAUGAACAACUGUCGAGACAGAACAGUUUUAGACGAGGGUUAGACCAAAGCCAAACGAUAUCUUCAGAGAGAGAGGAUGGCUCGAACCUAAGACAAGAAAAGCUGUUGCCAAGACAGAACAGUUUCGGCAGAGGAUUGACACGUAAUCUAUCAAAACAUUCAGAGAACAGUGCUGCAUCUGAUCCUUGGCAGGCCUCGGAUUUACAUCCAGGCCUAGAGAUUGCAGCGAUUGUUAUUAGAGACUCUUCUUCUUGGAGCAAUGAAGUGAAGAACAGUAAACAGUCAAGAAGAGAAGUGAAAGUUAUAGUUCCAACAGGAAACCACGGUUUGCCUGAUGCUGAGAACUCAUGUCCUACACCGAUACUGCAGAGAUGGAGAUCAGGAGGAGGCUGUGAUUGUAGCGGGUGGGACAUGGGUUGUCAUCUUUUUGUCCUGGAGACUCCCGUAGAAGAACAAGAACUCAUCGGUAACAAUCACCACGGUUUGGGACUUUUCAUUGAGGGAGAGAAGGAGAUCACACCAGCAAUGACAAUGGCGUUCAUCAGAGAAGGACACUACGAGGUAAACUUCCAUGCAAAGCUCUCAGCUUUACAAGCAUUCUCAGUCUGUGUAGCUGAGCUGCACAGAAGUGAAGUAACAACAAGAGGAGAAAGAAGCAGCAACUCUUUGUCUAGAUGCAGUUCACUCAGAGAGCUUAUCGAGAUGGAAACUCCUGUAAACAGAGAAGAAGUUCUUUCGUCUUUCAUGCCUAAUGUCACUUUCUCUCCAAUUUCGAGGGUUUAAAACAUAUCGGAAAGUAAUAAUGUCUUCCUCCUCCUUAUGUGCAUAUCAACAUUAUACAUUAUACAUAUCAUAAAAGUAUAUCAGUCAGAAUCUGGGAUGCAUUUUCAGAUGAAAUUAGUACGUUGUCAUGAUGACUCAAAGAAGUCGGUUUGUUUACAAAUUAAUAAUAUUUCCAUCAGUUUCAUAAUAAGUAAUAUCGUUUUAUAA